UGCCAAGAUAUCAAGGAGAAUGGGCUGGACAACAAUUAUAUUCUCACUAAUGGCACCAAUGCUAAACAUGUGAAUUUGUGCCAUGAACUAUGCAGCUCUGAUAUCAGCUCAAGGAUUGAGUGUCAUGGGCCACAACUAUCAAAAGCUGCAGUCUUCACUCUGUUAUUGCAUAAGAAGAAUAGAAAAAAUCCAACUACUCCUGUUUUGCAUCAUCUUUCCUGGCCAAGAAUUGUAAUCAAGUCAUCUGCUUCUAAUUCUUUUCAGGAAAUUGGGGGAAGUGAUCAAAUGUAUUGGCAGACUACUGACCAACCACUACCCUCAAGAGAAGAUCUGAUGCAUGAAGUGUUGAAUUAUGUACAACAAUCUAUCAGUGUAGAAGAGAUGGAUCCUUUAGUAACAUCAUUACUUCAGCAAGUACCUUUGUUCACCAGCAAUAAUAAAUUAAACUCUAGAUUAGCUCAUAAAUACUUAUGGACAUUGAUAAAAGACAGGGAAUUUCUCAUGACCCUAGCAUUAGAAGACUUGAAUAUUUUUCCUAGACUUCUGGGAACAUGUGGGGAUUUUUAUGGUGUGGAACAUGUCAACACUCUCAAAGAAUCUUUUAUAACACCUUUUUCCUUGUCAAGAGAUGAAAGACUUUCUAAAGCAAUCCACAUCAUACAAUUUAUAGAAAAAUUACACUCAAUUUGGAGAGAACCUCUGCAUCUCUGUGAUGUAAAAAUGACUCAUUUUGGCUGGAAUUCUGUAGGCAUUGUGAAGUUUGUGGACGUUGAUACAGUUAUGCCUCACAGCUCUCUUAUUGAGAGACUACAACUCGUCCCUAAAUGUGAGUUUGAUGAAGACUGUGCAUUCUUUGACUGUGCUGCCAAAUGCAACUCUCAUCUCGGCAUCUGUGAGCCAAAACGCACUAACACUAAUCUGCAGGUGGUGUGCAAGAAAAUAUUCCUGGGUGAAACAGUUAGUGGAGUGCAGCUGCAAGGUCUGCUGCAGUUGAACAAUGAAUUGGAAAAAGAUGAUUCCCUGAGGGAAGCCAUUACCAUGUGCAUCACCAGCCCUGACAUGACGACCCAGUCUCUUUUGCACGCUCUACACAAAGCACAGGACGUGCAUGGUUUUUAACAUAUUUUUGACAGUGAUUUUUUUGUACCUUUGUUCUCUUAACACAAAGCACAGGACGUGCAUGGUUUUUAACAUAUUUUUGACAGUGUUUUUUUUUUGUACCUUUGCUCUCUUUACGCAGAUUGCACAGAUUUGUUCUCUUUAUUUUAAAUUCCAUACCAUUGGUCUUCCAGCCUUCUUUUUUUUGUACUCAUCUUUUGAAAUUGAAAAUAUCUUCCAAAUCAUCACUUGAAUUAUUUAUUGUCAUCAAUACGUACUCAUCAUCACAGAGAUGCAUCAUCAUCAGAUCCAGAGAUGCAGAAGUUUAUAGAAAUACUUCCUUGACUGAUAUUUGUGUUGAUAAUCUAUUACAUAAUUUGAUUUAUGUUAUUGUAAAGCAAUGCAUUAUAAUGUCUUUCUUAUAUGGGGCCUUGUGAAGCGUUCCAAAGAACAAUGUGAAACCUGUAUUUUACAAGUCUUAGAUUAUUGGGUAAUGAUCAUAGUGUUAAUAACUUGCAAAUAAUUGGUUCCUUUAUUCUAUCUAAGUUAUACUGUUUGGAACUGGUUCUUAUUGAGCUGUUCUGAGCUUACUCGUCUGUCUAAUAUUUUAUAAAUUUUCUUCUCUUUGCUUGUAAUUAAAAUAAAUUGAAAUGAUUGAAGGAUAAACUCUUUUUCUUCAUAGUCAUCGAUAUUUUAAAUGAUUAAUUUGUACCUGAAUAUCCACAUACCAAUCUAUUUGUUUGAACUUGUAUUGUACCUCGAAACCUGAUAUAUUUGUAUCAGUAUAUGAUAUCCAUUGCUCAUUAAUUUGUUAACCUCUAGUCUCAUUCAUAUAAUAGUUUGUACUUUUGUGUUGUUUUGAAUUCAGGUGGGUGGGGACUUUCUGUUAUAUUUAUUUAUGAAUCUCUGUUAAAUUUAGAUCAUGCCAUUUUUUUUCCAUUAAUGGGUCUGUUUAUUUUAAUUUUUCUUGAACCAUUCAUGUAAUUCUACUCGGGUCAAUACGUGACCUGAAGACAAUUUCUAUUUUUAUGAUUUUCUAUUUUUUAUAGUAUAGUACAUUAGGAUCAACGUUGAUGAAUGAGCCUGGUUUGGCCUGUUGCCGAUUAAUGGGAUUUUCUUGACUUGUCUCGUGUAGAUCUGACAACUACCCUU